UUACAAGAACUCAAUUAUUUCUAAUGUUCUGUUUUUCUAUAAACUUUAUUUGCCUAACCAAAAUGGCAUUAUCCUCUGAUAGUACAUGUGCAUCUUCCCUUGCUAGAAUCUCAGUAGUUUCCAUCAUCUAGGGCUAUGGAUCAUCAAGAAUAUUUGAGAAUAAAGAAGAGAAGGAUCUAACAAAAGGAAAAGAAGUAUAUAUAAUAGAGCUGCAAAAUGGAAUUUGAAAACAAAAGUGAAAGAAACAAACACUUCCUGGCCGAUAUUACUAGGCUUGCUAAAUCCCAUUUCACAUGUUUCUGUUACUCCUUUUUCCCAUCACAUAGCUAAAGAUAUAUCCAUGCCCCAUCAACCCUUUCUAAUUGCCUGCUACAAAGGUGCCUAAUUUAUUGUCCACACCUCUGAAAAAAAACAACUUUUUCCCCAACUUAUUUCACCAUAUCCCUCUCUUUGUCUGCUUUGAUCUGAGUCCCAAUUAAGUCCUUCAGGGGACUCAUUGAAAUUUGAAACUUUUAAGGUUUGAAUCUUGAGAAUGAGGAAUGGGUUUAUGAAGUGGAAAAGGAUCAUCUUUCAUUAUGUUGCCGAAGGCAUAGUGCGUUUUUGUAUACCAAGAAGCUAAAUUUGAAUUGGAUGAUCAAACAACAUUUUUAUUGGUGCUUCAAGCAUGAUCUAAGUGGUAGAUUUGUGCACUUAUUCGGCCUCAAAAAAAUCAGGGAGCAACGUACCAUUGAGCGGGAAUUAACAAAAUUUUGCUGAAUCCAGCUGAAGGACAGGGAAAACAUGUUGGGACAGUUUGGAUGCGACAGAGGAUUGCUCUGUUUGGACGGGGAAAUUCUGCUAUGGUUGCUAUUAUCUACUGGUGUUUGAUCUAACAGAUGCAAAGCGCAAACGGAAGGAGGGUAUUUGAUCUUCGAGAAAAUAUGUGCCUCUGCAAGAAAACUAAGAGGAGUAAGAUGAGAUGACAAGACAGAUGAUGACGUAUCCAGGCACGCGCAUUUUAGCAUUGGUCUUUCUCCGGCGUCUGGGAGUAGGCAGCUUUUGUGUCCGAAACUGUAGUAAAAAUAAAAACAUCUCAAGGUGCUGUCGGCCUUGGACGUUAAGCCUCAAGAGACCUCACACAGCCAUGGAGUUGGUGACCUCCAAGUAUUUCCGUACCCACAACUCCAUGCAACCUUUGUUCAAUGGAAGACGCACAAGUGCUGUUAAUGGCGUUAACACACCCAGCGGGGCCAAGACAGUGAGGAGAUGGUUAAAAGACAGGAAAGAGAAAAAGAAGGAAGAAGCCAGAGCUCACAAUGCCCAGCUCCACGCUGCUAUCUCAGUUGCUGCAGUUGCCUCAGCGAUGGCAGCCAUUGCAGCGGCCACUGCGGCUUCUUCUUCUACCUCAGGAAAAAAUGAACAGUCAACGAAGACCGACAUGGCUGUGGCAUCAGCAGCAACAUUAGUAGCGGCACAAUGUGUGGAGGCUGCAGAAGCUAUGGGAGCUGAACGUGACAAUCUUGAUUCAGUUGUGAGCUCUGCUGUUAAUGUUCGUUCACAUGAUGAUCUCAUGACUCUUACAGCUGCUGCAGCUACCGCUUUACGCGGGGCUGCAACUUUAAAAGCAAGAGCGUUAAAGGAAGUUAGGAACAUUGCAGCAGUCCUUCCAGCAGAGAAAAGAAUAAGCGUUGGAUCCUGUGCUAAAGGCAAUAAUGGGCAUCCAAACUGUAACUAUAGCGGAGAACUUGCCCCCGGAGAGGAUUUCCUUACUGCCUGUAGCCAAGAGCUCCUUGCCAAGGGUACUGAACUUCUCAAAAGAACCCGGAAAGGUGACCUUCACUGGAAAGUUGUCUCUGUUUAUACGAAUAAGACAGGCCAGGUGAUUUUGAAGAUGAAAAGCAAGCAUGUCGGUGGGACAUUCACCAAAAAGAAAAAGAAUGUGGUUUUGGAGGUGUGCAAGGACAUGCCAGCAUGGCCAGGGAGACAUCUAUUGGAUAGUGGAGAGCCGCGUCAUUACUUCGGAUUGAAGACUGAAACAAGAGGAAUUGUAGAGUUUGAGUGCAGGAGUCUGAGAGAAUACGAUAUGUGGACUCAAGGUGUGUUAAGGCUUUUGUCAAUUGUUGCUGAAAGAAAGCACAGGUGACAAGGCUCAACUACAUCGCCUCUUGGCGGCAGGAAUUUGGACUAAUUUAGCUCAUCUGCUAGACUUAAGCUCGAUUGCUUCUAGGGGCUCAAUGCAAGCAAUUAGUCGUACGGUCCAUUCAGACCAAGGGAAUUUUCUAAUUCUGCCAUGCAUACCUAACAUUUUGAGCCGCUACAAUCAAAAUUCUGUGACUCCUUAAUAGUUUUUGGGGGGAAGGGUAUAAAUAUAACUAGUACUAGUUAGCAAUCUAUCAAAUAAUUGUAUUACAUGUAUAAGAUUGGGCUCUUUGCUUGCUUUAUGGGUAUAUUUUUGC